UGUCUUUCGACGUGGGGUAGUGGACGUCUUCCGGCUGUUUGAUGAUGAUGACGAAUGUCGUGAUUGUCAUGAGCAUAUUAGUCACAAUCUGAAUAAUUCUAAUCAAUAAGUAAUUCAUACUGUGACACUAGUAUAUUCUGUGGUAAAUGGAUGUUGUCAUUGGCAUAUUAUUCAUUCUCAAUAUGUCACAAAUGUCAUUAUUGUCAAUCUCAUUCCAAAGUUUUUUCGUAUUGGAUAAGUCGUGCUCGUGCAUUGUGUUGUGUUAUUGUUUACAAACAACUUUUUUUUAAAACGAACUUUAGUAACAAACAAGAUGCACCUUAGAAACAUAUUGCCUCCUAAUAUAUAUGACGUAAUUGACAGAGCCGGAAUAUCAACGGAGAGACAAAUAAUUCUUUUGUCAAUUUGGGAUAUCAAGAAAUACACUAAUUUGAAUUUAGACGAUAUCUUGUUGCUCAAAAAUAUCGUGACUGAAAACGUAUGCCCUACGAUUACUACGGGUAAAGAGGAACUGAAGAAGUUUAAUUGUAAUAAAGCAGGAGUGCUAACAGGUUGUACUGGAAUAGAUAACUUGUUGGCAGGUGGCUUUCGCAGAGGCACAUUAACAGAAGUGUUUGGUGAAAGUGCCAGUGGAAAGACCCAGUUAGGUCUACAAUUAACACUUAAUAAUUGGGCGAAGGGAUGUGUUUAUAUCUGUACAGAAGAUUUGUUUCCAACCAAAAGAUUUGAGGAAAUGAAAAUAUCUCUUCCCCAGUUUGACCCAAGAAUUGACUAUGGGAAAAAUAUAUUUGUGGAACAUAUAACAGAAGCAAUAGAUCUAUUGUCUUGUUUAAGGGUUAGAUUGCCCAAGUUACUAGAACAUCAUAAAUUAGCUCUUAUAGUGAUUGAUUCUAUUGCAGCACCAUUUAGAUGUGAAAGUAAUAACUAUGUGAAGAGAGCUGAAGAUUUAAGAGAAGUUGCUAUUCUUUUAACAUCAAUGGCCCAAAAGUUUGACUUAGCCAUUCUGUGUAUAAACCAAGUCACAGCAUCUUUUGAAGACUCCAACAGUGUUUUGCCAGCAUUAGGCCUGGCAUGGUCUAAUAUGGUUACUACCAGGCUCAUGUUAAAGAAGACUUUAAAUGUAUUAGAUGGUAAAAGUCUCGCAAACAUUAGCAAUCAACAGAUUGCUGAUCAUCAUAAAACUUAUAUUAGAGAACUGCAUGUAAUGUUCGCUCCUCAUUUAUCCAAUAUGAUGGCACAAUUCAUUGUUACAGCAUGUGGUAUACAGGACAUUCCUAAAUAAAAACAUUCCCUUAUAAAUCUACCUUCUUUUAUUGUAUCAAUUCAAAAAACAUUAAUGGCUUCUUAGACCUUCUUUGUCUGACUCACUUGGGUAAAAACUAUUUUCAUUAUCAAUAUGAGACGGUCCUUGGAUAUUUAUUAUAAUGACGAUAUACUAAUCAAAGUAGGCAGACAAAAUUCCUCCGCCCAUCUACCCCAUCUAUAACAUAGUAUUGAGCAAAUAGUUUAAUAAGUAUAAUUGAGUCAUGAGUAGGUAUCGUUAGUUUAAUCUCAAUUAAUGUGGGACACUACAGAUUUGCUAGUAACCAAAACGUAAUUUAGUAAUGUUACUAAAGUACGCCA